AUGGAUGACACUAAUGCUAGUUCUAAUUCUACCAACUCCGACAUUAAUCCAAAUGUCGAGAGAAAAAAGAGUUAUAGGUGGGUAAGUGCUACUAAAGUAAAUUACUCUGGGUCAGACUGGGAUGAUGAUGAUGAUGAUGCUGAUGAUGAUGAUGAUGAUGAUACUGAUCAUUUGAAAUCAAACACAGAUCAAAAAAAUGAAAUACAACAGGAUGAAGAUGUUAGCUAUUUACCCCCAUUACCUAAAAUAUCGAUGGGUAAUGAAUACAAUAAUAAUAUUGUUAAUAAUAAAAAUACAGAUGGUUUAUAUUUAGAACCAGUAUCGCCUAUUAAGAGUAACAAUAGUUCUAGUACUCAAAGCAAUAAUAAAAAUAAAAAUAAAAAUAGCGGUAGCACCAAUUCAAUCUAUAUGGAUCAAAGUAGUAGUAGUAGUGAAAAAGAGGAGAAUAAUGAUGGUAAAAAUAAAGAAGAUGAAAAAGAUAAUGCCCAGCAAAAUAAUCCUGAUACUUUUGUUACUAGUGAUGAUGAUAGUGAAGAAAACGAAGAGGGUGAUGAUGGUAUUUACUAUCUAGAUAAGACCAUUAAAAAUAAAAAUUUUUCUUCUCCUUCUCCUUCUCCUUCUCCUUCUUCUCCUUCUUCUUCUGUGCUUAAUGAUGGUAAUAAAAGCGGUAAUACAAGUACUGGAGGAUAUUUCACUCAGUAUAUAAACAACAAAUCUAUUAAAAGACAGUACACUGAGAGGGAUCCCGUAUACACUGAUACACAACAACAGCAGCAGCAGCAGCAAGUAAUAGGAAAAGAAGAAGAAGAUGCAAAUGAAGAAUUGGGUGAAAAAGAGGACAGAAAUAACAAUCAUGAAUUAUCUGACAGUGAUAUCAUUGAUAAAGAAUUAUAUGGUACCUCCAGUAAUAUCAAUGAACAAUCACAUAUGGUAUCAAAUGAAGAACUUAAUGAAAAUAACACUGAUAAUACAGAUGCUACCACACAAAAUGAUUAUUUACAAGGUAACAACAACGACAACAAUAAUAAUAUGAAUUCCGUGUCUAGAACAAGUUUUAAUUCAUUUAAUCAUGCCAGUAAUAAUAGUUUGAAUGAUAAUGUCAGUAAUAAUAACAAAAGAUUUUCUGAAAUUAGUAAUUUAACAAGUAGUUCAGAUUUGUAUGCAUAUAGUACAGAUUCAGAUCUAGAUGACCGAGAUACCAAUGAUCAAGCUAAUAAACUUAAGGAUAAUGUAAAAGGGAAUGGAGAUAUUAAUGUCAAUAACGAAACGAUAAAUGAAAAGGAGAAGGAACACAAGGAGAAAGAGGAAAAAAGAAAAGGCACUGAUACUAACGAUGGUAGUGACGAUGCUGAUGCUGACGACGACGAUGAUCGUGAUGGUGGUGAUGAUGAUGAUGAUGGCUAUAGUGAUGGUGAUGACGAUGCAUUGUCUUAUACGGCAUCAAUUGUUGGAAAUACCAGUCCAAAUACUGAUAUUUGUGAUGACAACUUCAAAUUUAACAAAGAAAAUGUUAGGCAAUCUAUUUUGGUUUCAAGUGACAGUUCUGAUUUUGAUGUGGAUUUUUAUACUAAUAGCAACAUGCAUAAUAACACUAAUACUAAUAAUAAUAAUACUAAAAAAAACAUUAUUUCAGAUAUCCAGAAAGAUAUUAUUCCAGAAACAACUGAUACUUAUGGAUACUCCUAUGAUGCUGGUAUUAAACACAAUAAAACUGAUAGCAGUAAUGAAAAUAAUUCUACUGGUGAUGAAUCUGUAGUAGAACAUGUUGCCAAUAAUGAUUAUAUACAAGGGGAACAUCCAGCUAAUAAAUCUAUUCCUUACAACAUGGAAACAACUGAUCCAGAUACUACGUUACAAAAUGAAGAAGAAAAUAAUACUAUUACAGAGCCAAAUGAAGAGGAUAGUAGUCAAGUUAUUAGUAAAUCUCACAGUAAUAGUGAUACUGAAAGUGUAAAUGAUGACUCAUCGUCACAGUCACACAUAUCCCAUGAAUCUAACCUGAAUAUUCUUGACGCAACAGUAACAGGAAGUUCCCCUCCCCCAGUAAAAAAUCGUUCGCCAAGUCCUGUCAGCGUCAAUGCUACCAAUCCUGUUACUGGUACUGGUAAUAAUAAUAAUAAUAAUAAUAAUACGGAUAAUUUAUCUUUUGUGUCUGGCGCAAGUGAAUCGUAUAGGUCAAAUUUUAUUCAAGAAACAAAUGAUGAAGUUAAUAUUAUAAGAGAUGCAGAUGGCAAUCCGAUUGAUGCAAGUUCCAAAAUCAAUGGUGCUGGUGCUGCUACCAAUGAUAAAAGAGUAGUAUCUACAUAUUCCGAAGUUGGUAGUACAUGGAAUGCAUUUCCUGCGAUAAGUUCUACAGAUGAUAUAAAUACCAUUGCUGAUAAUAAAACAAUAUACGAUAAUUCUACUAUAUACAAUGUCCCCGGCUUAGUAUCCAAAAAUACAAAUUUACCACCAUUGCCUGUCACAGCAACAGAUGAUAUAAAACUUCAACAAGAGCAAGAGGAACAACCCCUAGAAAAAAAGGGGGAAACCGAGGAAGAUCCACACAAUAUUACGAAUGCUGAAAAUGGUCGAAAACAAUCAUACUCUAAUUCAAAUACUGAUAAUAGCAAUCAUAGUGCCACUAGUAAUUUCAAAAUCAACGAUAAUAGCAAGGUAGUGUUAAAAAUAAGUGAACCUGAUUAUCCAAGUUUUGAUGUUAACAAACUAAUUGGUGAUUCUAAGAUUGCACAUUCCAAUAAACUAAAGAAAUUAAAGCAAUACAGUGAUGAAUUAACUGAAUAUGAUACCCAUAUAGCAGUGUGGAUCGAUGCAACUUUGAAGUCAACUGAAAGCAAACAAAUAUUUGAUGAAUAUAAAGUUAACAAGCAUGUUCAUGAAGCGUAUUCUAAUGCGGAUGAAUUAUCUAAGAGAAACCAUUUGGUUAGCAACACUGUGGCAAAUGUCAAUCAAAAUGUUCAUCAUCUAACUAAAAAGGUUUUCAAACAUUCUAUGAGAGAAAAAUCAAAAGGAUUUUUACAUUCUAUAAGUAAAAAAAAGUUGUGA